AUGUCAACAGCAACAACAGCAAAUGUACCAAGAACAUUAAAGAUUGUUAUUAUUGAAGGUAAAGAGUUAAAAGGUCUCGAUUCAGGUGGUGUCUCAGACUGCUUUUUAAAAUUCAAAUGUAACAAUGUUUCUGCCAAAACUGAAGUUAUUAAAAAAACAACCUCACCAAUUUGGAAACAUAUGAUUAGUGUUGGGCCAGUUGAGGAUAAUAGUUUAUUAUCAUUUUUUGUUAUGGAUUGGGAAAGAAUAGGAACAAGUAGACCAAUGGGUAAAGUAGAAAUUCCAUGUUUGGAAUUAGCAGCAGGUGCAAAGAGAAAUCAACAUGAUCAAUGGUUGAGAUUGGAUACUAAGGGUUUUAUUAGAGUUAGUUAUGAAUUUUCACCACCAUAUCCAUUAGAGGUUGACCCAGCCGAACCACCACCACAAUCAUUUAUUAACCAACCAGCAGUAUACUUUAAACCAAUCUAUUUACCAACUUUUCAAACCGAAGUGGUUUCUACUGGCCAAACCACAGCUAAAUUUAUUAUGCCAGGUUCCGUGUACCAUAGUAGAUCUUUUAUUGCAGGCGAACCAGUUAAUUGCUCAUUGAUAAUUAAUGUAUUGGAACCAAGAAUUGUAGUUAGAUCUUUAAACUUAACAUUUGAUGGGUCAGUUACUUUUAGAGGUAAAAAGCAAAGAAAGCUUGUCAAUGACUAUAGAGAUCUUCUUUUGGGUUAUGGUGAGCUAAAUAAUGUUUCCGCAGCCAACAGAGGUCAUUACCACAAGAUUACUUUAGAACGUGGUAAACACAUCUUCCCAUUCCAAUUCUUUUUAGACAAAACAUGCAAAUCAACAGUGCAAAUGGUCAAUGGCUAUAGUGUUUCAUAUGGUUUAUACUUUAGUGCCGAUAUUGUUAACCAACCAGAUAUUGGUCUUUAUCAAGAAAUUAAAGUUGUAAAUUUAGAAGACACUGUUUAUAAAAUGACCGUAUCACCAAUGAAUGGCUCUGCUUCAAAAUCACCACUUACCGGAGGUAAUAUAUCGAUGAAUGCAAAAUCUGUAAAGAAUAGUUUCUAUCCAGGCGAAGAGAUUGAAUUAGAAAUGGAUAUCAACAACACAAGCAAAAAGAAGAUCAAAGCUGUCGAUAUUGUGCUCCAACGUUUAGACUACAGUGGCACCGAUACCACUCCUCUCUAUACCAAUGUACUUACAAUGACCAAAAAGUGUUACCCAAAAAUCAAACCAAACACCCAACGUAACAUGAUGACUGUUAUAGAGUUACCAAAUAGCCAGCUUAUGGUCCCAUCCAUUUCAGAAACUAAAAUGACUAGAAUCGAAUACCAAUUACUUGUAAAUUUAGAUAUACCAAACUGUGUUGAUCUUCGUUUGAAAUUACCCGUAGUAAUAGUACAACCAGACCCAAAGCUUGAAUAUCUUCCAAAUGCCCUCACUGAAAUUGGUGAUAUACCAAGAUAUAUCAACAAUUGGACCGUUCGUCAUUUCCACAGUUGGGUUCUUUUCAAGAUGCAAUGUCCAGAUGUUAUCAAAAACAACCCAGAGUUUUACCAAUACCAUUUAAAUGGUUUGGAUUUAAUGAAAUUAAAUAACGAUACCCUUUUUAAUAUAUUAAAAGGUGCUGGUCCCAGAACACAGGAAUUAGUUAGCGAUCUACAGGUUCAAAUUUUCCAAAUCCAAGCAGUUAGAGAUUUAUUAAAAGAAUUACAAAUUCCAAGUUUUAUCGAAACCUUUGAAAAAGAAUCGAUUACCUUUGAAAUCUUACCAUAUUUAACCUAUAAUGAUAUUUUAUCACUAGGUUUACCAAUUGGUGAUGCUAAAAGAUUGGAAAUUAAAAUUAAACAAAUUAAUCAACAACAACAAUAUUGUGAUAUCAACAAUAAACAAUAG